GGCGGAGGGGCGAGGGGAAAGGCCGGAGGGAACCAUAGAGUACCCCUCCAGCCGACGAGGGGGAGACAGAGCGGCCUCCAUUGGCCCCCAAGCCCUAGAGGCGGCUGGGCCGGAGGCGGUCGCACAAAGGGAGUCCCCGGAGGCCGCUCCUGCAGCUGGCGGACCAUAGAGACGCAGCUCCCGCCCGCCCUGGGCCGGGAGGACCGUAAUGGUGACGAUGCUCCAUCCCAAGCUUCGCAGGUUACAAAACGGCCUUCCCACUUGCUGGCUCUUGUGACCCUCGCUCCCGCCCAACGAUGCGGACGCUGUCAUCACCUCCACUUUACAGAUAGGAAAGCCGAGGCCCUGGAAGCGAGGUGACUGUCUCUGAGGCCACGCGCACAUAAGAGACCACAGAACACCCAGUGGCGAUGACAGACCCCGUGUUGGACUCACAGCCAACCAACAGCACUGGGGAGAUGGAUGGACUGUGCCCUGAGCUAUUGCUGAUUCCCCCAUCUCUCUCUAACCGUGGAAUCCUGGAGCCCGUCCAGAGCCCCUGUCCUGCUGGGAACCCCACAGCUUUGCCGGCUGACCCAGGCUGCCUGCUGGUAGAGGCCACGGCAACUGAAGAGGACACAGGGAACAUGGAAAUCAUUGUGGAAGCAGUAGCUGGAAACCUGUCCCCAGGUGCUCCUGGAGAGACCCCAGGUGUCCUGGUAAAGGUGGUGGAGGUGUACUUCUGUGAGCGCUGUGAGCAGAGCUUCGCAGAGCCCACUCUGCUGGCCCUGCACCAGUGCACUGAGACCCUUAUACAGCCCGUGCAGGGCCUCUCUGGCACCCCCUGCUCUGUAGAGCUCACCCCCAGCAACCUCACUCUCUCUGGCCCUCCGCAGGGCCAGGGCCCACCAGAUAGCCCUCUGCCAUGCCCGGUGUGUAGACAGGAGUUUGCUCAACCCCAGGCCCUGAAAAGCCACUUCAAGACCCACCGGGGUGCUCCAGACACCUUCUCCUGCCCGGAGUCCGGCUGUGUGUUUUCCGCGGAAGAUCGCAAGGGUCUGCAGCACCACCUGAGGCAGGCCCACGCCGCGGUUCCUGUGCCAUGUUCUUUCCGGGGCUGCCCCCUGCUCUUCGGGAGCCAGCAGGGCAUGGAGCUGCACCGGCAGGCCCAUUACCCUUUCCACUGCAACCACUGCAGCUUCAUGGGCUCCAACGUCAAACUCUUCCGGCAGCAUCAGCGGAGCCACGGGGCCAGGACACAGGGAGAGCUGUCUGCCCAUCGGGGUCUUCCAUCCCAGGAGCUGCUGCCAGCUCCCAAACUGCCCCCUAGAGAGGAAGAGGCUUCUGAACAAGCAGAUACGGCCUUGCCUAGGCAGGAGUCAGCAGAUGAGGAGGACGGAGAAGAAGAGGAGAGUGGCGCCCUGAAGGACUCCCAGAAAGCCCUGGAGAAAGGCCAGGGGGCUCAGCAGUUAGAAGGGGAUGUGGCUUCUGGCACCGAGUCCCUCUUCAAGACCCACAUGUGUUCAGAAUGCAAGCGCUGCUUUAAGAAGCGGACGCACCUGGUGGAGCACCUCCAUCUCCACUUCCCAGAUCCCAGCCUCCAGUGCCCCAACUGCCAGAAAUUCUUCACCAGCAAGAGCAAGCUCAAGACCCAUCUGCUGCGGGAGCUCGGCCAGAAGGCCCACCGCUGCCCGCUGUGCCACUACAGCGCAGUGGAGAGGAAUGCGCUCAACCGCCACAUGGCCAGCAUGCACGAGGAUAUCUCCAACUUCUACUCGGACACCUACGCCUGUCCUGUCUGCCGUGAGGAGUUCCGCCUCAGCCAGGCCCUGAAGGAGCACCUCAAGAGCCACACGGCAGCAGCCGCAGCGGGGCCCUUGCCCCUUCGCUGCUUUCAGGAGGGCUGCAGCUACGCGGCUCCUGACCGCAAGGCCUUUGUAAAGCACCUGAAGGAGACCCAUGGCGUGCGGGCCGUGGAGUGCCGCCACCACUCUUGUCCCAUGCUCUUCGCCACGGCCGAAGCCAUGGAGGCACACCACAAAAGCCACUACGCCUUCCACUGCCCGCACUGUGACUUUGCCUGCUCCAAUAAGCACCUGUUCCGCAAACACAAGAAGCAGGGCCACCCGGGCAAUGAGGAGCUGCGCUGCACCUUCUGCCCCUUUGCCACCUUCAACCCUGUGGCCUACCAGGACCACGUGGGCAAGAUGCACGCCCACGAGAAGAUCCACCAGUGCCCAGAGUGCAACUUUGCCACUGCCCACAAGAGGGUGCUCAUCCGCCACAUGCUGCUGCACACGGGUGAGAAGCCUCACAAGUGUGAGCUCUGCGACUUCACUUGCCGAGACGUGAGCUACCUGUCCAAGCACAUGCUGACGCACUCCAACACCAAGGAUUACAUGUGCACUGAGUGUGGCUAUGUCACCAAGUGGAAGCACUACCUCAGCGUGCACAUGCGGAAGCACGCAGGGGACCUCAGAUACCAGUGCAACCAGUGCUCCUAUCGCUGCCACCGGGCGGAUCAGCUGAGCAGCCACAAGCUGCGCCACCAGGGCAAGUCCCUGAUGUGCGAGGUGUGCGCCUUCGCUUGCAAGCGCAAGUACGAGCUGCGGAAGCACAUGGCUUCCCAGCACCGGCCCGGCACGCCGGCCCCGCUCUACCCCUGCCGCUACUGCAGCUACCAGAGCCGCCACAAGCAGGCCCUGCUGAGCCAUGAGAACUGCAAGCACACCCGCCUCCGGGAGUUCCGCUGUGCCCUCUGUGACUACCGCACGUUCAGCAACACCGCCCUCUUCUUCCACAAGCGCAAGGCCCACGGCUACGUGCCCGGGGACCAGGUGUGGCAGCUCCGCUAUGCCGGCCAGGAGCCGGAGGGUGCCGGGCCCUGCCCGACCCCCUCACCGGACUCCGAGCCCUCGAGCCAGCUGCCUGCCCGGCCUGAGGGACCAGAUUGCGACCCCGAGACUGUGGCCGAGCCCCCCUUGGACCAGGCCCUGCCGGAGACCAGUGAGGAGGAGAGCGCCGGGAGACAGGACGGCAGCGAGGGCCCGCAGGGGGACGACCUGGUUGGCAGCCCCAGUCCCACGGAGGUCGAGGAGGGUGGCUGCACACUGCACCUAGAGACCCUGGGGGUGGAGCUGGAGCCCGUGGCCGAGCCGCCCCUUGAGAUCGCCGAAACCCACCCUGUGGCGUUCAGGCCCCUGGAUCCCUCAGAGCCGCUGAGACUAGAAGGGCCAGAUGGAACUCUGACAGAGCUGUCUACCUUCGAAGGCGCCGAGACUUCCAGCUUGGGUGCCAAAGAAGAGCCCGUUCUGGAAAAGCCAGUCCCUGAGACCCCCAGAAACUCCCCCUCCUCAGAGGAGCCCCCCGAUGGCUGGGUGGGAACCUUCAAGGCGGCUAUGCCCACCGAGACCGCUCCCCUUCCCCAGUUCCCCGAGUCAGAGUCGUUACUCAAGGCCCUGCGGAGGCAGGACAAAGAGCAAGCAGAGGCGCUGGUCCUGGAGGGCCGCGUUCAGAUGGUGGUGAUCCAGGGUGAGGGGCGGGCCUUCCGCUGCCCUCACUGCCCUUUUAUUACGCGCCGGGAGAAGGCCCUGAGUGUGCACUCCAGGACGGGGUGCCAGGGCCGCCGGGACCCCCUGCUGUGCCCCGAGUGUGGGGCUAGCUUCAAGCAACAGCGCGGCCUUAGCACCCACCUGCUGAAGAAGUGCCCUGUCCUGCUGAGAAAGAACAAGGGUUUGCCCAGACCGGGUUCACCCAUCCCUCCGCGUCCCCUGCCCCCGGACACCCAGGUCCCAGAAGCUGCAGAAAGCGGGAGGCCCCCGCCUGCACCAGUGGAAGUAGAGCUGGCGCUCCCGAAAACUGCUGCUGCUGUGCUGGCUAAGGAGCCAGAAGAGGUAGAGGAGACCCCCGGCACACUGUGUGUCCCCACAGCCCCUCCUGCAGGAAACGCCUCCGCUGCAGAGACCCCUGAGAAGUUCCACUUCGAGCAGGGCAAGUUCCACUGCAACUCCUGCACGUUCCUUUGCUCUCGGCUCUCCUCCAUCACCUCUCACGUGGCCGAAGGCUGCCGGGGCGGCCGGGGCGGGGGAGGGAAGCGAGGGGCCUCCCAGAGCCAGCCUGCACCCCUCCUGAGCAACGGGGAUGCUGCCUCCCUAAAUGGUGGAGGAAAGGAGUGCAGCCCUGGGAGCGGGGACGCCACCCCGGUUCCGAAGCAGAAGGGGGCUCGCUUCUCCUGCCCCACGUGUCCCUUUAGCUGCCAGCAGGAGCGGGCUCUGAGGACCCACCAGACCCGGGGCUGCCCCCUCGAAGAGUCUGGAGAGCUGCGCUGCAGCCUCUGCUCGUUCACCACUCCGGCCGCCGCCGCCCUGAGACUCCACCAGAAGCGGAGGCACCCUCCUGCCGCCGCGGCCCGCGGGCCCCGGCCCCCUCUUCAGUGCGGGGACUGUGGCUUCACCUGCAAACAGAGCCGCUGCCUGCAGCAACACCGGCGCCUCAAGCACGAGGGGGUGAAGCCACACCAGUGCCCCUUCUGUGACUUCUCCACCACCAGACGGUACCGGCUGGAGGCACAUCAGUCCCGACACACGGGUGUCGGCCGCAUCCCCUGCAGCUCCUGUCCCCAAACAUUUGGCACCAACUCGAAGCUGCGCCUGCACCGGCUCAGGGUACAUGACAAAACCCCCACCCAUUUCUGUCCGCUCUGUGACUACAGCGGCUACCUGCGCCACGACAUCACCCGCCACGUCAACAGUUGCCACCGGGGCACCCCUGCCUUUGCCUGCCCGCAGUGCGAGGCCCAGUUCAGCUCCGAGACGGCCCUCAAGCAGCACGCCCUGCGCCGGCAUCCCGAGCCCGCGCCGCCGGCGCCCGGCUCCCCGGCCGAGGCCGCCGAGGGCCCCCUGCACUGCUCCCGCUGCGGGCUGCUGUGCCCCAGCCCGGCCAGCCUGCGGGGACACACCCGGAAGCAGCAUCCGCGCCUGGAGUGCGGGGCCUGCCGGGAGGCCUUCCCCAGCCGCCCGGCGCUGGACGAGCACCGGAGGCGCCAGCACUUCAGCCACCGCUGCCAGCUGUGUGACUUCGCCGCCCGGGAGCGUGCAGGCCUGGUCAAGCACUACCUGGAGCAGCACGAGGAGGCGGCAGCGGCGGCGGCCUCGGAGGGCGGCACGGAUGCCAGCCAGCCCCCCCUGCACUGCCCCUUCUGCGACUUUGCGUGCCGCCACCAGCUGGUGCUCGAUCACCACGUGAAGGGGCACGGGGGCACCCGGCUCUACAAGUGUACCGACUGCGCCUACAGCACCAAAAACCGGCAGAAGAUCACCUGGCACAGCCGCAUCCACACGGGCGAAAAGCCCUACCGCUGUCACCUCUGUCCCUAUGCCUGCGCUGACCCCUCCCGCCUCAAGUACCAUAUGCGGAUCCACAAGGAGGAACGGAAGUAUCUGUGCCCUGACUGUGGCUACAAGUGCAAGUGGGUCAACCAACUCAAGUACCACAUGACCAAGCACACAGGACUGAAGCCAUACCAGUGUCCCGAGUGUGAGUACUGUACCAACCGGGCCGACGCGCUGCGUGUGCACCAGGAGACACGGCAUCGGGAGGCACGGGCCUUCAUGUGUGAGCAGUGUGGCAAGGCCUUCAAGACACGCUUCCUGCUGCGCACCCACCUCCGCAAGCACAGUGAGGCCAAACCCUACGUGUGCAAUGUGUGCCACCGCGCUUUCCGAUGGGCCGCCGGCUUGCGCCACCAUGCCCUCACCCACACCGACCGCCACCCCUUCUUCUGCCGCCUGUGCAGCUACAAGGCCAAGCAGAAGUUCCAGGUGGUGAAGCAUGUGCGCCGGCACCACCCGGACCAGGCUGACCCGAACCAAGGAGUGGGCAAAGACCCCAGUACCCCCACGGUGCACCUGCAUGAUGUGCAGCUGGAGGACCCCAGCCCGCCUGCUCCUGCUGCCCCCCCCACUGGACCUGAGGGCUGAGAGCCGACGCCACCUCUUGGAGGGUGUGGUCCAAGACGUGCAGACUGGAAGCAGAUCUAGCCUGGAGCUUGGAGCUUAAGGAAGGGCUGGCUGUGAGCGGCCCGAGUGGCCGAGGCCGCCAGGGACUGGGGCUGUAGUACUUGGAGGUUGAUGGCCAUAUAAAAGAGUGACACGGACCACGGAGUGAUUUCCUGUUGAGGCACACUGUGUUCUUAACCCGUGAGUUCCCGAUUCCUUCAGCACCACACCCCCCGAGUCCCUGGCUCUAAGACCUUGGUUUUACCCCGGCUAUCUUCUCCUUCCUUCUGGCUCUGUCAAGUCCUGUUUUCUUCCAGCGCCCUCAAACAACUGUAUCUAACUGCAUGUGCUAUUGUGCCCGAUGCUCUCUAAAGCAUGUUAAACAGAAUGGUGACUAGCUUA